AAGCGCCGCCGCCGCCGCCCGCCAGCUUCUCGCCAGGACUUCGCAAGGCAAGUGCACACGUCGGGACCCGCGGCUCGUUCUCGCCAAGGCCAUGUUUUUCAACCCCAGCUCCCUGGAUUACCCUAUGGAUAUAACGAUGGACAACCACCCCCGGGACGCGCUGAAGAAGGACAGGCAGCUCAGCCUGGUCCAGGACGAUCGCCACGACAGCGGCUUGGACUCCAUGAAGGAGGAGGAGUACGAGAAGCUUGUCAACGAGCUGAGAGACAUUCGCAUCGAGCCGGCGGAAGCCUCCGCGGGGCUCCAGAGCGGCCCCUGCCCGGGCGCGCAGGCUUGGAAACUGCAAGUGACCGAAGACGGAGAUACAUUUCUCCAUCUGGCAAUUAUACAUGAAGAAAAGGCCUUGAGUUUGGAAAUCAUUCGCCAGGCAGGACGAGACAAAGCAUUCUUGAAUAUCCAAAAUAACCUCAACCAGACUCCACUUCACUUGGCAGUAAUAACAGACCAGCCAGAAAUCGCAGAGACUCUUCUGAAAGCUGGAUGUGACGCAGAGGUUAGAGAUUUCCGAGGAAACACCCCGCUGCAUAUCGUUUGCGAACAAGGCUCUCUCAGAGGUGUCGGUGUCCUCACACAGUACUGCCAGAAACAACAAAUCGACUCUAUCCUACAGUCAUCCAAUUACAAUGGACACACGUGUCUCCAUCUGGCGGCUAUUCAAGGUUACCUGGCCAUAGUAGAACGCCUCUUGUCCUUGGGAGCAGAUGUCAAUGCUCAGGAGCCUUGCAACGGCAGGACUGCCUUGCAUUUGGCUGUCGAUCUACAGAAUCAAGAACUGGUGUCGCUCCUGUUGAAACACGGAGCGGAUGUAAACAAAGUAACCUACCAGGGCUACUCUCCAUACCAGCUCACAUGGGGAAGAAGCAACUCCUUCAUACAGGAGCAGCUGAAACAGUUCACGACAUUGGACCUGCAGAUGCUACCAGAAAGUGAAGACGAAGAGAGCUGUGAAUCGGAGUCAGAGUUCACAGAGGAUGAACUCCUGUAUGACGACUGCAUCAUUGGCGGACGACAUGUACCUUGCUAAAGUGGAAGCGUUGCACGAAGCAGAGGCGAGCAAAAUGUGAACAAUUACUGAACACACUGCACAGAACAGAGCAUGUUGUUAGAACAGCAGGUGCUGCCUGCGGUUCAAUGCACAGUUCGGGCAGGAAUGAACUUUGGUUGUCAGACAGCAGAAGAAGCCUGGGCUCGUUUGCACCAGAGAGUAGAUUGUACAAAUAAACGAACAGAGUGAGAACUUGGAUGGUUCACCUACGUAUUCACUGCAUGCUCUACAAGGGGGCUGGCCCAACUCACCACCUGUUGUGUCCUUUUGGAAGGCAUUCCAUAUAUUUCUGACUGACUGUUAACAAUCCACCCCAAAGACUGAGCUCAGGUGCCCUUUGUGCUGCACGGCAGGCAGAGCGAUUGCAACCCAAAGAAUGCCCUGUCCUCCAUCCACAGGAAAGGGUAGCAAUUAACGUUCAGGCUGUAUAUUGCAAGCCCUAUGCUUUGCAAUAUGUAUAUUGUGUGUAAAUAUUGUAUAUUUUGUGAAUAGCAUUUUUGGUACUUGUGUAUAUUUAUUAAAAAAUCAAAUCAAAUGAGAAAUGCACUGAAUGGAUGAAACUGUUCCCCCUGCUGAAGAAUUGCUCGUCCACUUUCUCCUUUCUGAUGCCCAGUUAGGUAAAAUCAAACAUCUCAGGCAAUUGGUUCAUUCUUGGACACAUUCACAUUAAAGAAAGUCACCAGUGUCCUGUAUUAGUAACCCGGGGCAGGGGGUGGAGAGGAACGAAUAGGGAUAUACUUGCAUCCACAUGCUGUUUACUCAUUUUCAUAUCGGAGCCAGGGCAGUUCAAAAAUCAUUUCUUGAUCACAUCAGUCAAUUGUCAGCAUCCCUUUGAAAAUAAAGCCUCCAUUAUCCUUCAUGGUAUGUUAGGUGCCAUGAGGCUCCUCUUUGCAGUCCCAUUGGUUUCUGGUGGAAAAAUGAAAGCAUGUAUUUAACUUUCCCCAAUUAAAAUCUCUGGGAUUUGUCAAGUCCCAACUCUUACCAGGUUGUGCCACAAAUAAAAGCCAUUCUCCCUGCCCAUUAUCUGUUCAGGUCACGUGAUUCUGUGUGUCCACUACAGGUAUUCCUGGACCCUUCACAGGGUCUUUCAAUAACUUCCAAUUUGAAGCUACCCCUCAUGCCUCAGGUUUGUCAGGUGGAGGCUUGGCCCAUGCCAUUGGCGUGUUGCCUGCAGUUAUUACCUGACCUGGCUUUACUAGGUUAUCUUCGCUACCAUAUUGUUGCUUUCAUAUGGCCAGCAUAUAAUGGAGCGGUUGAGGCCAGCAGUGGUCAAGAAGGCGGCUCCUGUGUGUGAUGUAGAAGGAUGUGAGGGGCAGGUGGGGCUCGUCAACCUGGGAAGGUAGCCCAUCCAGGAGAAAGAAAACUGAUCCUGAAACGCCACUGCCUUGCAGGGUAUCUUCAGGAGAAGAAAAAGCUAAGGAGUAAACCCUCCAUAAAUUCAAGAGUGGAGUCCCUAAAAUGGUUGGAUGGUGCCUUGUACGCCUCCUUCCGGCAACUCCUGCAGCCAAGCUGGUGCCAAAUGUAUUGCUCUCCUUUCCUUUGGACCACAUCAGUGAGGAUGACUUGGGGGGGCGGGGCGGUUAUCAUAGUCUGGGCAGCCCAGAACCUCUAUACACACUGCCCAGGCUUGUGCCCUAGAGAGGUCACUUUGGUGUUGCUGACAGCGGUUUGACUUCCACCCCUGAGGUUCACUCUGCUAUCUCUCGAGACAGACAGAUGUCAACAACAUAAUGGCUUUACAAAUAUUGGUGUCCAAACUUCCUUAAACCUAGCUCUUUCACCAGACUGCUUUAAUACAUUGAAGGCGGGCAAGCUGAUUUUAAGCAAUUGUAUCUCUUCACUGCAGCAUUGUGGAAUUUCCUUGUUGACAUCGGUGGGUUUAAUAACGUAUCCUGUGGUUUGCAGUAGCAGAAGCUUCGCAUGGUGAACACAUAAGCUGCAGGUCUCCUCCUCUAGUCCAGUCUCACAGUAUCAGUGCAGUUUAUAAGACAUGGUUGGGGAAUCUGUGACCCUCCAGGUGUUGCUGGACUCCCAACUCCCAUCAUUCCUGACAAUCAACCAUAUGGGUUGGAGUUGAUGGGAGUUGGAAUCCCAACAUCUGGAGGGCCAUAGCUUCCCCAGCCCUCUUGCGAGAGAAGAGGGUUGCAGGCUGGAUCCAUUCCCAUUAUCUCCCUGAGGCUGUGCUGAAUUUGUAUAAUUUGGGUUCUUGGUAGGCUGUUAACAGUUUCAGUAAAUGCUCCUGAACUUUAGCCUCAAUUGCUUUGCAUGAGGAACACUGAAUCAGGAGAUUUAGCUCCGUUCUGCUUUGCACUGGAACUCUAGCUACAUGGAAAUGAUUAAAGUCAAGUGCCAUUCUGAGUCAGGGUUAUUCCCAUUCCUCUCUUUGUAUGAUCAAAGGUCAUGCCUUGAAACUUCCUGGUGGAAGAAGAAAAUGUAUGCUUGCUUAUCCAUAAUUCAGCCUGCAGUUGAAUAACUGAAUUCGACUUUAAAAGAAGAAACCAAAAUUCUGCAGCUUUUCAUUUGAAAUAGCAUGCUGUGUAACGGUUGUAUAAUUUAACACAUUUUGCAGAAACUUUCUGAAAUUUAAUUGCUCGUUUUGAAUUGGGUAUUUGAUGAUUACUAUUAUUUUAAAUGAGGGAUUUGGUAUUUAUUGGUGUGGCGAAAAGGAAGUAGGGAUAAGGAGGGGCAAUAUAGAUCAGAAAACAUUACUGCACAUGGAGAAGGAAGGACAGAUAUACAUGAUCACCUCAUUUACUGUACAAUGGACCCUGUUUUAUUUAAGAAAUAUUAAAAGAGCAUGAUAGUUUUCAAAUACAAAAAUAUAUGGAUUUUCCCAAAUCAAAACCAGGAAUUGACAAUGAAGCUUAUCCACCCCAGAUCACUGCCCAAGCCAUUGGAUCGUCUGUCUCAGGGGUGCCCAAACUUUUUUCAAAGAGGACCAGAUUUGAUGAGGUGAACAUGCGUGAGGGCCAACUGAAGUUGUUGAGCUUUUUUAGGAUCGAAGUUGUUGAGCUUUUUUUUUUUUACCCGAGGACAUAUACUGCCACAGGGGCUGGAUUAAAUUGACCGGCGGGCCAAAUUAGGCCCGCAUAAUGGACUUUGGACAUGCCUGAUCUAUUGCAUUGCCAAUGUACCUCUUCCACAGACAGUACCUGCAUGAUUUCAAAUGUAUGUAGCCCUAAGGGUUUAAAAAACAUUGUUUUUAAAAGUUGUAUAGGGCCAAAGUUCACAGAAAUUUGUCAGGAGUGCUUGCAGGAGCCAGGUCCUGUGACAAAUAGGGCUUCGCAGGACUGGGGCUUUCCAAGUUUGUUCUGAAGAGGCAAGGCACGCCCGCAGGUGAAACCGAUUGGUAACGCACAGCACCUGGUGGCAAGAGCCGGGAAGGGAUCUUCCCUUUGGCUCUUUGCCACAGCAACACGCUUCCUGCCUUGGGCUUCUUGACUCCUUGCUCCCUGAUCUUUGGACCCUUGGCUUCUUGGCUCCUGGCUCUCUGACCCUCAGCCCCUUGGCUUCUGGACUCUUGGCUUCCGGUCUCCCAUUCCUGCUCCCACCCUGGUCCCCGACAUCCAGAACCCGUGAACCAGACCGUGACAAAAUUCAAAUUUAGUCCAAGAGACAAAUUAUUUCCAUCUCAAUAAUUGUUUAAAACUAUUUGUUUAAAAUGCCCCAACUCUAGAAAGUUAUUUAUAGAAAUACUUGGAAUUUGGCUGUUAUUUCAGAAGCCUGCAUGAGCAAUACUAUGUUGGAAAUACUGCACAUAAAAUACUUAAAACCUGACCCAUUUUUUGAUUUGCUGUUUCAGAGGA